AACAUGCACGAAUUCCUUCUCGCCGUCCCGGCACCUUUCCUCUGAUUUUUCUUUCUAUCAAUUAUGAUUGUACAUCUUUUCCUUGUUCUAUUCUAUAUGCCUCUUAUCUCUAAUAUAAUCCAUUGGCUUCUGAGCUCGAUAACAUGACUUCAAGCGUGGCUUCAAUACUAUUAGGACCAUUGACGACAACUUGGACACCGCCGCCAGCUUGUAAUAUCGCGGUUGCUGCUUGUAAAACAUGCUCUCUCGCUUGGCAGGCCCAGACAUGCCGUAACGGUGAUCAAGUUCAAGACGCAUUAUCCUGUUGGCCGCCGAGGACCCUUGGAGCAACGACACCGGCACAACCUCUUUUUGCUUGGGGUUUAUAUUCACCAGGACUCGUAUGUCCUCAGGGCUACACCACGGCUUGCUCAUAUAAUGGCGCGAAGAAGACAGGAGACUUCAACUUUUACUUCAGUCCGGAGGAAUCAGAAACAGUCGUAGGCUGUUGUCCGCCAGGAUAUGCUUGCUCCCGGCAUGAUUCUGGCCAAACGUGCAUCACGACGUUGACCUCGACUACAGUCCCGACUGUAACGUGCGAAUCUGGGACCAGCGCGCAUUUUGAAUACGUAACGAUACCUUACGCUGCGGUCGAUGCUAGCUUUGUUCAUGUCAUUUCGACUUUCACAGUUUAUGCCCCAUUAUUCCAGCUUAACCACCAGGCCACCGACCUCCCUAGUAUCACGGAGGAAGCCAUCGGCACAUCUACCAGCAGCAGCAGCACGACAUCUACUACAUCUACUAUGUCAAUACAAAUGUUCCCACCGCCGACGUCGCCAACAGAAUCAUCGAACAGGCCGGGUUUAUCAGCCGGAGUCCAGGCUGCGAUAGGAUGUGGCGUUGCUUUCGGUAUUAUUAUAUCACUAACUAUAGCGUUCUUCGUAUUUCGGUCGAGAAGACGGAAGGCCGAUUCGCAACCCAUUGAGCUGCAGAGCGACGAGCGAAAGUUGAAUGAGCUACAGGGUAAUGAGCUGCAGGGUGAUGAAAUAUGGAAUAAUGGAAUACAAAGUUACGAGCACGAACCGAAAUUUCGAAUGAGGCCCCAAGCGCGAGUUCCUGGUUUACCUAUGGGUACAGAUCCACUUAGAGAAGCGGUCGAGUUCGAAGACUACCAUGGAACUAACCACGGACCUUACCAGCCGUCAACUAGACCUUUUAUCUGAGAUGCGAAGUAUGGUUUGAGCUUCUCUUCAUAUAUAUGUCAUUUAGAUCAGUAUAGUUUAAGUGUAAUACUUAAUCGGACAACAUACUUAUCUUCGAG